AUGGAAGCAUUUAUUCGCCUAACAGAAUCGGUCAUAGAAUUUGAGGCUGAUAUUAGCAGCACGCCCACCGCAGAGCAAAAUAAGCACGGUCUUGCUAUACAGCAGGAAGAAUUAAAAACUAUGUGGGAAAAAACAAAAGCAGCAUACGAUAUGCUUAUAAGCCAAGAAGGUUUGCCGAAAGAAGAUAUAAGAGCUAUCAGAAAAAAGCAUAAAAAUUCAUUUGCUAGCUAUGUUAAAGGUGCUAUUCUAGGAACAGCUCGCGUAAAUAUACAUUUUAAUGGCACCGAUUUUUCCGCAAGAGCUCUUAUUGAUUCCGGGUCUGAGUGUUCCUUUAUAACAGAAAGACUCAAACGCAGAAUCAACCUGCCAUCCAAAAGGCUGCAUGCCCAAGUUUCGGGCAUCACGAACUCCAUAUCCGCGCAGGUUAAAGAAGCGUGCAAAAUUGAACUUCGGUCACCGAUUGAUCCAUUAUUCCGCUUAGGCACCACUGUGCUCGUCUUAGCACAACUAACUGGAAAUCUUCCAACCACCCAUAUCAGCGCCAAAACUAAACAAGCAUUUCCAGAUCUGGUUUUGGCCGAUAAAAGGUUCUUUGUUAACGAACAAGGAGGAGACAUCUAUCCAGAAAUAAUUUUGAGCGGUUUGAAGAAAAAUGUACUCAACACUCUUCUCGUCCAAGAAACCGUGUUCGGUUGGAUACUAACCGGUCGCACAGACGCACCAAAUCCACUGAACAAUAUAGUGUCCUAUCAUAGCGAAGUUACACUGGAUAAACAACUUACAGCAUUCUGGGAACCUGAAGAUAUACCUAAAAGCAAAACCAUGAACGAGGACGACACUUAUUCUUCUCGAUCAUUACGAUCCGAAAUGAAGGCGUUCAUAGCAGAAGCGCGUGAUAAAACCGUAUCGAAAUAUGGUCAUCAAACGCUUACAUGGCAUUUUAUACCCCCAGCAGCUCCUCACAUGGGCGGACUGUGGGAGGCGGGUGUAAAGAGUUUCAAAAACCACUUCAAAAAGAUUGCAUCCACCCAUAAAUACACCUUUGAGGACCUCAGUACCUUUUUAUGCCGAGUUGAGUCUUGUCUCAACUCGCGACCUUUAAGUCCCUCAUCGAGCGAGCCAACUGACUUGGAGCCUCUAACUCCUGGUCAUUUCCUCAUAGGCGGUCAUUUACUCGCGCCACCGGAAUUAGAUGUAAAUGAAAAUCCAGCCUCCAUAGUAAAUAGGUGGCAGAAAUUAAAGGCAUUACAUCAAACCUUUUGCAGGCGAUGGAAGUCAGAACACCUAUCUGAACUACAGAAGCGAAUUAAGUGGAAACAUCCCAAGGAAAAUAUUAAACCUGGUGACCUGGUCGUCAUCAAGGAAGACAACUUAGCCCCAACCGAAUGGAGGUUAGGACGAGUUGUCAACGUACACCCCGGUGCCGACAGCAGAGUACGAGUAGUGGACAUCUUGACGGAGAAAGGUCAAGUCACUAGACCACUGGUGAAGUUGGUUCUACUCCCGCCAUGCAGCGAUGGAAACUCGGAGCCAACAACCACCUCGUAA